AACCUCCCUGUUCGAUUGGGACUGGCUGGGCCCCCCUAGAUAAUGGGGUUCAGAGAUAACUCCCCACUGAGAUGCAGGGGGCAUCUCCCCUCAUCAGAGCAAUGGGUUCAGGCUCUCUGCAAUCUCAGGCAGCAUCGCUGGGUCAGUCACGCCCAGGCCAGCACCCUGUAGCCUGUCCAUCCGUCCAUCCCACCGUAACCCAUCUCCCGGCCUGUCUCCCCCAGGGCCCUGAGUGCCUGGUGUGGUAGGGCUCACCAUGCCCCGGUACUGCCUCUUCGGGGACACCGUCAACACCGCCUCCCGCAUGGAGUCCACCGGCCUGCCUUACCGGAUCCACGUGAACAUCCGCACGGUCACCAUCCUGCAUUCACUGAAGGAGGGAUUCAAACUGGAUGUUCGGGGCAAGACGGAGCUCAAGGGCAAAGGCAUAGAAGACACGUACUGGCUGGUGGGACGAGAUGGAUUCAACAAACCCAUCCCCACGCCCCCCGACCUGCAGCCGGGGGCAAGUAACCAUGGUAUCAGCCUGGAUGAGAUCCCCGCAGACCGUCGGAAGAAGCUGGAGAAAGCCCGGCAGAACAAGUAGUGAGGGAGGCCAGCGAAUGGGAGGCCGGGCUGGGCGGAGAUCCAUGGCCAACACCACCUAAUGCUUCCCGGCAGUCCCUGUGGGCCUUUCUGCCAUGGGGCAGACUCAAAUUGCUCCCCCUCUUGCCCCCAUCAUGUCCUGUGGAAGGAAGAUGGGCCGGACUGGGUGGCCAACUCGUGCCGGUCACCAGAAAUGAACUCAUCUUUUCAUGCGCUGGUCCCACCUCCCUAGGUGCAUUGUGGGACUGUGGCCCCGACCUAGGAAUUGCUGUUCGCUUUGUAGCUGAAGAUCCAGGUGCAUUAUGAGACUUCGGCCAACCUGGGAUCUGCCGUUCACCUUCAACCAAGGACCCCAGGUGCAUCAUGGGACAUCAGCCGACCUGGGAAUUCAUGUUCAU